GGCGCGGCCGGGCCUGACGACGGGGGGGUGGCCGCGGCCUCCUCGGGCUCGGCCCCGGCUGCCUCAGCCGCUGCGGCCUCAGUGGGCCCUGGAGUUGCCGGGGGGGCGGUAUCGACGCCGGCCCCAGCUCCAGCCUCGGCUCCCGCCCCAGGUCCUUCGGCGGGGCCGCCUCCUGGACCGCCAGCCUCUCUCCUGGACACCUGCGCCGUGUGUCAGCAGAGCCUGCAGAGCCGGCGUGAGGCGGAGCCCAAGCUGCUGCCCUGUCUUCACUCUUUCUGCCUGCGCUGCUUGCCCGAGCCGGAGCGCCAGCUCAGCGUGCCCAUCCCGGGGGGCAGCAACGGCGACAUCCAGCAAGUUGGCGUAAUACGGUGCCCAGUAUGCCGCCAAGAAUGCAGACAGAUAGACCUUGUGGAUAAUUAUUUUGUGAAAGAUACGUCUGAAGCUCCUAGCAGUUCUGAUGAGAAAUCAGAACAGGUAUGUACUAGUUGUGAAGACAAUGCAAGUGCAGUUGGCUUUUGUGUAGAAUGUGGAGAGUGGCUAUGUAAGACAUGUAUUGAGGCACAUCAGAGAGUCAAGUUCACUAAAGAUCACUUGAUCAGGAAGAAAGAAGAUGUCUCAGAGUCUGUUGGAGCAUCUGGUCAACGCCCUGUUUUCUGUCCUGUACACAAACAAGAGCAGUUGAAACUUUUCUGUGAAACAUGUGAUAGACUGACAUGUAGAGACUGUCAGCUAUUGGAACACAAAGAACAUAGGUAUCAGUUUUUGGAAGAAGCGUUUCAAAACCAGAAAGGUGCAAUUGAGAAUCUACUGGCUAAGCUUCUUGAGAAGAAGAAUUAUGUUCAUUUUGCAGCUACUCAGGUGCAGAAUAGGAUAAAAGAAGUAAAUGAGACUAACAAACGAGUAGAACAGGAAAUUAAAGUGGCCAUUUUCACCCUUAUCAAUGAAAUUAAUAAGAAAGGAAAAUCUCUCUUACAGCAGCUAGAGAAUGUCACAAAAGAAAGACAGAUGAAGUUACUGCAGCAGCAGAACGACAUCACAGGCCUUUCGCGGCAGGUGAAGCACGUUAUGAACUUUACAAAUUGGGCGAUUGCGAGUGGCAGCAGCACAGCACUACUGUACAGCAAACGACUGAUUACUUUUCAAUUGCGCCAUAUUUUGAAAGCACGGUGUGAUCCUGCCCCUGCUGCUAAUGGAGCAAUUCGUUUCCAUUGUGAUCCCACCUUCUGGGCAAAGAAUGUAGUCAAUAUAGGUAAUCUAGUAAUAGAGAGUAAACCAGCUCCUGGUUAUACUCCUAAUGUUGUAGUUGGGCAAGUUCCUCCAGGGACAAACCACAUUAGUAAAACCCCUGGACAGAUUAACUUAGCACAGCUUCGACUCCAGCACAUGCAACAACAAGUAUAUGCACAGAAACAUCAGCAGUUGCAACAAAUGAGGAUGCAGCAACCACCUGCACCUGUACCAACAACAACGACAACAACACAGCAGCACACUAGACAAGCGGCCCCUCAGAUGUUACAACAACAGCCUCCAAGAUUGAUCAGUGUGCAAACAAUGCAAAGAAGCAACAUGAACUGUGGAGCUUUCCAAGCCCAUCAGAUGAGAUUGGCUCAGAAUGCUGCCCGAAUACCAGGGAUACCCAGGCACAGCGGCCCUCAAUAUUCCAUGAUGCAGCCACACCUCCAAAGACAACACUCAAACCCAGGGCAUGCUGGACCCUUUCCUGUUGUGUCGAUGCACAACAACACCACAAUCAAUCCAACCAGCCCUACUACAGCUACUAUGGCAAAUGCAAAUCGAGGUCCCACCAGCCCAUCUGUUACAGCAAUAGAGCUAAUCCCCUCAGUUACCAAUCCAGAAAACCUUCCAUCGCUGCCAGAUAUUCCACCCAUACAGUUGGAAGAUGCUGGUUCAAGUAGUUUAGAUAAUCUACUAAGUAGAUACAUCUCAGGCAGUCACCUACCCCCACAGCCUACAAGUACCAUGAAUCCCUCCCCAGGACCCUCUGCCCUAUCUCCAGGAUCAUCAGGUUUAUCCAAUUCUCACACACCUGUGAGACCCCCUAGUACCUCUAGUACUGGUAGUCGAGGCAGCUGUGGGUCAUCAGGAAGAACUGCUGAGAAGACAAGUCUUAGUUUCAAGUCUGAUCAAGUGAAGGUCAAGCAAGAACCUGGGACUGAGGAUGAAAUAUGUAGCUUUUCAGGAGCUGUAAAACAAGAAAAGACAGAGGAUGGCAGGAGGAGUGCCUGCAUGUUGAGCAGUCCUGAGAGUAGCUUGACGCCACCUCUGUCAACCAACCUGCAUCUAGAGAGUGAGUUGGAUGCAUUAGCAAGCCUGGAAAACCACGUGAAAACUGAGCCUACAGAUACAAAUGAAAGCUGCAAACAGUCAGGGCUCAGCAGCCUUGUUAAUGGAAAGUCCCCAAUUCGAAGCCUCAUGCACAGGUCAGCAAGGAUUGGAGGAGAUGGCAACAGCAAAGAUGAUGACCCAAAUGAAGACUGGUGUGCUGUCUGCCAAAAUGGAGGGGAUCUCUUGUGCUGUGAAAAAUGUCCAAAGGUCUUUCACCUAACUUGUCAUGUUCCAACACUUCUUAGCUUUCCAAGUGGGGACUGGAUAUGCACAUUUUGCAGAGAUAUUGGGAAACCAGAAGUUGAAUAUGAUUGUGAUAAUUUGCAGCAUAGUAAGAAGGGGAAAACUGCACAGGGGUUAAGCCCCGUGGACCAAAGGAAGUGUGAACGUCUUCUGCUUUACCUCUAUUGCCAUGAACUAAGUAUUGAAUUUCAGGAGCCAGUUCCUGCUUCGAUACCAAACUACUAUAAAAUUAUAAAGAAACCAAUGGAUUUAUCCACCGUGAAAAAGAAGCUUCAGAAAAAACAUUCCCAACACUACCAAAUCCCAGAUGACUUUGUGGCUGAUGUUCGUUUGAUCUUCAAGAACUGUGAAAGGUUUAAUGAAAUGAUGAAAGUUGUUCAAGUUUAUGCAGAAACACAAGAGAUUAAUUUGAAGGCUGAUUCAGAAGUAGCUCAGGCAGGGAAAGCAGUUGCAUUGUACUUUGAAGAUAAACUCACAGAGAUCUACUCAGACAGGACCUUCGCACCUUUGCCUGAGUUUGAGCAGGAAGAGGAUGAUGGUGAGGUAACUGAGGACUCUGAUGAAGAAUUUAUACAGCCCCGCAGAAAACGUCUAAAGUCAGAUGAGAGACCAGUACAUAUAAAGUAAAAUGACGUGAACUUAAAUCAAUUGUUUAAAAAAAAGAAAGAAAGAAAGAAAAGAAAAAAACCUUUUAUUUAAGUGUUGCUGGAAUAUCCUGCCUACAGUGGGCACCUCCUUGAAGAAGCUGAUAGCUUUUACACAGUAUUAGAUUGAAAUAAUGGACAGAAAACACAUUCUUGUCAAGAAAGGGGGAGAGAACUCUAUUUGCAACUUUAAAAGUCAAAGCAAAAGUGAAAUGAUUUGAAGAUUUCUGUUACUAAAGAGGAUGGUUCUGAUGUUAGAAUGGGCGGAUGUUGAUGAUUGUGUGGUAUUGAUUGGUGCAGGAUACUGGGUGUACAAGUGAAUACUAGAGGGUCAUGUCGCGUGAUCAAUUGUCUCUUUGGACUAGAGCGCACAGUUAUUAAAAUAACUUCUAUGCCUCCCCCUCCAUACGCAUACAUACUGGCUUGUUUUCUAGUUAAAAUCAAGGUUGCUCAGAUUCCACUUUGAUGUAAAUGCAGAUGUGCAUUGAAUUAUGCCGUUAUAUUUUUCUCAUUUUGAUGCUAUUGGGCCUUAGUUUUUAUAUUGGUUUAAAGAACUCAACAGUAGUUUUAUUUUCUAUUCAUACUUAGAGUCUAGGAAACAUGACCAUUGAUCAUCAUUUAAUCAACUUGAAUGGUCUACUGAAAUAAAUAUGGUAACUUUUCAGUAGUAGAUCAUGUAGUUAUAGCAGUCAUUUCCAGAAAACACUUCCACAGAAUUGCGCUUCCCAAUCAAAUCAUCUGAUCAUAGUUAUUCCCAUGAAAGGCAGAAUGUUUGUUUGAAAAUUAACCUGGUUUUCUGUACAUUUAAAUUUGAUUAAGAAGGUGACAACUGGCUCUUAUCCAGUCUUCCUUCAUAUCAGUUUUCUGAUAGACCACUAUUGGCAAACAGUAAUCUGUCAACUACCAAAUGUGUAAAAUUUUCUGUAAUUCACUUUGUCUUAUUUGUAAAUAGUGAACUAAAACUUCUGGCAGAUCAGCAACAUUUGCUGAGCCUGUUUUUUAAGCUAAUGUGUAUUCUUACUAAUGUUCCUAUCAAGAAUGGAUUUGUAAUAUAUGCUGUCUAUUUCUAAUGUUCACGUUCAUAUUUUGAGGUUCUAUCUUAUUUUAAUAGAGAACAGACUUCUCAGAAAAUCUUCAGAAGCAGCUUAUUAUUAAAAGAUCAAAAUAUUGAAAUAAACCCGGUGGGGUUAGAUUACUCAUCCGUCCACCAAGUGGGACAUUUGCAUGGACUGGGGGCUUAAAGGACUUAGAAGAGACCUGUAAGUAAAUCCUGAAAAUGAGCCAAUCCCCACUUGAAUGGUUACUGGAGUAAACCCACCUUUACUACCCUGAUUUCAGCACCUGAGGCAGAUAAACCACCUUAACUCUGUUUCAUUUUUCUUCUCUUCAUUUGUGAUGCCCAGAUCCCAAGAUGUGUGUUCUAGACUGUGUACAGGCUUCUCUUUUGUUGGUUUAAAAAUUUUCGUCCUACUUUUGUAUGGACAUGUUAGAAUAUGAAGUGACCAAAAUAGAAGACUUGCCAUUAGAUAUUUUUCAGACGUCAGCAGAUUUGUGGCAAAUCAUUCGCCUUUUUAAAAAUUCAGCUUAAGCAGUUCAGACAGUAGACUACUCAGAAAAAAUUAUUUGACAUAAUUGUCUUAAGAGGUAAAUAUUUUUUAGUGCGUACUGAAUCAAAUAAAGCGCUCUAAAGAAAUUAUUGUACAAACUCCUUUGGGUUGUUUUUCUUUUCUUUAACAAGUGGUGGGGGUAAACAUGAAUAUGAUUCAGGCCUUCUGAUGGUGUAUUUAAACAGUAUUGAUUUUAUUAUUGCUAUUGAUGUACUUCAUUCUCAGGCUUACUUUUAGCUUCUCUUUCAGUUUUGGCUAUAAGUUACACUUCAAAACAGACUUCAAAACAAUACCAAACUGUUGUAUCAUGUUAUUCAGAUUUCAAGUUCCUAAGAAGAGUUUUCUUAUAAGAGGGAGAAAAUUGUUUAAAAAUGCUUUUUUCUAUGUGCAUUUCCCUCUUUCCCACAACAUGAUUUCAGUUUUUCAGGAGAUACAUCUAAGAGCCAUACAUUUUGGGAAAGUGAUGAGUAGCAGUAUAACUUCUUUUUGUCAAGCCGUUGAGUUCUGAUAUUUUAUACUUGCUCUUCAUAUGAAUCCUUUCCAUGAUUCUUAGAUAAUAAGUCAUAUAUAGGUUCUACCAACAGGGAGAGAAGCGAAAUUUUAAGUAAAUAAUUUCUCAAUAUUCGGGGCCUUAAAACAUAACGUGUUCCCUUAAAAACAUUUCCAUGUUAGGUGGAGUUUUUGGAUUUUUUUUCUUUCAAUUUAAGAUUAGUUCUUAAAGAGCCACUUUGUCAACAUUUAAUAGGCUCCAUUUCUGUUAACAGAAGAUAAUUCGUACUGCUGAGGAGUUACUAUUAAAUUAAUAGCUGUCAACAAACCAUCAUUAAAUGAAAGUGUUCACUCUAGAUUUCCUUAAAGCUUUUUCCUUGCACUAUGAUCACUGUACUUCUGAGCUGAUUUGUUUAGUGCUGUCUAUAUAACUGUUAAAAAGUAUAAAAACUUAAAUUGAUAUUCAGAUAGCUUACAUGUUUUUCUAUUAAUUUAUGUUUUAAAAAGACAAACAAUGACUAUCAGUCCCUGCAGGCGGUUUGUUUUGAUACUGUUUUGAUACUCUCUUGCGUUUAUGUACUUUGUUAAGACAGUGUUUUAGAUUUGGAGAUAUUAAUGUUUCCUUAAAAGCUUGCAAAGUUUUUGCCACACUUCAGUUUCCAUCUCCGAUCAGAACCUUAAGAAGAAAGUGUUCCUCAGUCUGUUCUGCUGGCCUAAGUUUGCAUUUUUUAGCACUUGGCUCAGCUGAUUCACUGAGUGAAGGAAUUGCUUUGCAAGGUGAAGCAUGUGCGUGUUCCAAAGUAUGGUUAGAUUGUAGGUCAUGCUCUGUAUGGAAACAAACAUCAAAUCAUUAUUGCAGAGAAAUGAUAAGGCAUUGGAUCCAUUGUUGAAAUAAUUCUUUUUGGAAUUAACAAGGUACUUUCUGACUUUUAUUUCUUAUGUAAGGGAAUUUUAAAUAAAUUUUAAAAUCAGUUAAUUCUCACUUUUUGUUGUAACAGUUUUUGAGAUUUUUAGUUAAUCCAAAGAAAUAAUGCUUUUAAAUAGAAGCAAAAGGUUUAUAGUGUGCAAAUUAUAGAUUUAUCCAUUACCUCAGCAGGUCUCCUGCCAUGUAAUUAUUAGUGAUUAAUGUUAAUAAGCCAAUAGAUUUAGGUCUUUUGACUGUACCCUUGGGUUGUGGCCUACCAUAUAUUAUUAAACAGUCUCUUAGAAUCCAAAAUGGGAAUAGAUGCUGUGGCCCCCUCUCCCUUUGCCUUUUAAGUCUCUUAUCCACUCACGUACAACAUAGGAAGUAUAAAAAUCUCAUUUCUUGUUGCUGCUUAUUUGCAUACUGAGCAUUAGAUCGAGUAGUUUUAUAAAAUCCACCCACUCCAACUCCCCUAAUUAAAACUAUCAAAUUCUUAAUUCAUACCAUUUAUAUUAGUAAUCUGCUGAAGGUAAUCCAAGGUUUUCAAGGUGUAUCACAGUUUGAUCAUGUACCAGACCUGGAUGUUUUCUUUUCUUUCUCUCACAGGUAUCUCCUCCUUGAUAAAGCAAUAACACUGCUUUAAGUCUGUUGCCUAAUAGCGUGUCAUAAUCCUCUCCUGGAUGGUGGUUUUAUAGGAAAGUUUAUAUGCAUAUCACCCAGUCUAUCUUUUAAAAAUUAAGAAAUUUAAAUGUAUGCUGGAGCUAAUGACAAUAUAUUGUGGCAUUUUAUUUUAAAAAUUGGGGAAAGUUGCAUAUUUUUUUAAAAGUAGGUGUUUGAGUAAAAAAAAUUGAAGGUACUUUUUUAAGAAAAAAAAUUUAUAUGCCACAGUUUACAUAGACAUUUCAGAUUUCAACAUGUACUCUUGGCUAUAAUUGUUUCUUUUACUUGGUCAAAAUGCAUGUAUAGCAUUUCUUCCAUCUUAGUUCCUUGUGUUUGCCUUUGUGGUCUUUUAUAUAUAUUUUUUAUUGUAUCUGAGAAACAAAACUAUCUUAAAAAAUAAGUCAAUUUGGAUAUAUUUGUCAUAAUCAACUACAAAAUGUACAAAAUUGUUUAGCCCUUUUCUAGCAAGUGAUCUUUAAAAUUAAAAAUGCUGUUCUUUUAAAUUCACCCAAUUUAAAUGUGGGAAGGCACUGAAAUGAUUUUGUAAGUGCCACUGCAAUAUUCCCGUUCAAGUGUGGCCUAAAUUUCAAUCUUCAGAACAAAAUGCAUGUCUGUUCCUGGUCUGAAAAAUGGAGGCAUUUACUAUGUUUUAAAUCAUAGUGAAACAUGUAUGUAAGCCUAUAAAAAUACUUGUGCAAUCUGAAGGCCUGUUAAUUUUCUUUGUGGACAUACCUACACAUGAAAGGGUUAAAUUCACAGCCUUACUAGUUCCUUGCUUCCAGUAUUUCAACUGGUUUCCUCCCCUCAUCAUCAUCAUUAUUAUUACUAUUACUACUACUCUUAUUUUUGCACAUAGUUAACUACCCCUCAAUAUGAUUCUUAAAGACAAAGUGCUGUUUCUGUGGUAUUGUAUUCUCUAAAUAAUCAUAUUUAAUUUUUUUAAACAAGGUUGCAGUUUCUAAUUGUUUCGUUCCUGUGUUUUUUGCUGGUGUGUAAUGAAAGCAAGGUUUUCUUUUCAUGGUUAUUUAAUACAUUAGCUGCCUGUAAAUAUUUCUUGUUAUAAUGCUCUGGAAUGUGUUGUAGAAGUUGUAUUAGAUUAGUUUGAAGCCUUGUUUGAAAGCCACAUUGUUUUGGUUAUUUCUAUUAAAUUAGAACAUUGAAAAAGG